UCCCCCGGGCGACGACGGCGGCGGCGGCUCCUCCGGGUGGUCGGCUCCCUCCCAUCUCGGCCGGCCCGGGCCCGUCUUGCCCCCCAGAAACUCACUGUUCGGGGCUGUGGACUUUCUCAUCGUGCCCCACGAAAGUAAAUCGGGGGAGACUGGGGGAGCCGGAAGUACCGCCUCGAGAUCCCCCCAAAUACGAUCGGGGAAACGGAAGUGGCCCUUGGUGCCAGGUUGGGGGAGACCGGAAGUGACGAGAGCUGUCGGCCAUGGAGCCGAGUGAUAGUGCCAGUACCGCUAUGGAGGAGCCUGACAGCCUGGAGGUACUGGUGAAGACCCUGGACUCUCAGACUCGGACUUUUAUUGUGGGGGCCCAGAUGAAUGUAAAGGAGUUUAAGGAACACAUAGCUGCCUCUGUCAGCAUCCCUUCCGAGAAGCAGCGGCUCAUCUACCAGGGCCGGGUUCUACAAGAUGAUAAGAAGCUCCAGGAAUACAACGUUGGGGGAAAGGUUAUUCACCUGGUGGAACGGGCUCCUCCUCAGACUCAGCUUCCUUCUGGAGCAUCUUCUGGGACAGGCUCUGCCUCAGCAACUCAUGGUGGGGCACCCCUGCCUGGCACUCGGGGCCCUGGGGCUUCUGUUCAUGACCGGAAUGCCAACAGCUAUGUCAUGGUUGGAACCUUCAAUCUUCCUAGUGACGGCUCUGCUGUGGAUGUUCACAUCAACAUGGAACAGGCCCCAAUUCAGAGUGAGCCCCGGGUCCGGCUGGUGAUGGCUCAGCACAUGAUUAGGGAUAUACAGACCUUACUGUCGCGGAUGGAGUGUCGAGGGGGAACCCAAGCACAGGCCAGUCAGCCACCCCCGCAGACACCGCAGACUGUGGCCUCAGAGACAGUAGCCUUGAACUCACAAACAUCAGAACCAGUCGAAAGUGAAGCUCCUCCUCGAGAGCCCAUGGAGUCAGAAGAAAUGGAGGAACGUCCCCCAACCCAGACUCCAGAGCUUUCGCCCUCAGGCCCGGCUCCAGCAGGCCCAGCUCCCACAGGCCCAGCUCCCGCGCCAGAGACAAAUGCACCCAACCACCCUUCCCCUGCAGAGCACGUGGAGGUACUCCAGGAGCUUCAGCGCUUGCAGCGCCGUCUUCAGCCUUUCUUGCAACGCUACUGUGAGGUCCUGGGUGCUGCUGCCACUACAGACUACAACAACAACCAUGAGGGCCGUGAGGAGGACCAGAGGUUGAUCAACUUGGUUGGGGAGAGCCUGCGGCUACUGGGCAACACUUUUGUGGCAUUGUCUGAUCUGCGCUGCAAUCUAGCCUGUGCACCCCCACGGCACCUGCACGUGGUCCGGCCUAUGUCUCACUACACGACUCCCAUGGUGCUCCAACAGGCAGCCAUUCCCAUUCAGAUCAAUGUGGGGACUACUGUGACCAUGACAGGCAAUGGGGCUCGGCCACCACCGGCUCCUGGUGCGGAGGCGGCAACCCCAGGUUCUGGCCAGGCCUCAUCCCUGCCUCCCUCUUCCACCACUGUUGAUUCAUCAACUGAAGGAGCUCCCCCACCAGGGCCAGCACCACCACCAGCCGCCAGCCACCCACGGGUCAUCCGGAUUUCCCACCAGAGUGUGGAACCCGUGGUCAUGAUGCACAUGAACAUUCAGGAUUCUGGAGCACAGCCUGGUGGUGUGCCGAGUGCUCCUACUGGUCCGCUGGGACCUCCUGGUCAUGGACAGACCCUGGGACAGCAGGUGCCCGGCUUCCCAACAGCACCAACUCGGGUGGUGAUUGCCCGGCCCACUCCUCCACAGGCUCGGCCUUCCCAUCCUGGGGGACCUCCAGUCUCUGGAGCUCUGCAGGGCGCUGGGCUGGGUACAAACACUUCAUUGGCCCAGAUGGUGAGCGGCCUUGUGGGGCAACUUCUUAUGCAGCCUGUUCUUGUGGCUCAGGGGACUCCAGGAAUGGCUCAGGCCCAGGCUCAGGCCCCGGCCCCGGCCCCGGCCCCUGCCCCGGCUCCAGCCCCGGCCCCGGCCCCGGCCCCGGCCCCGGCCCCUGCCCCUGCUCCUGCUCCUGCUCCUGCUCCUGCUCCUGCUCCUGCUCCUGCCACUGCUUCAGCUAGUGCUGGCACUACCAACACAGCUACCACAGCUGGCCCUGCUCCUGGGGGUCCUGCCCAGCCUCCACCUCCUCAGCCCUCUGCGGCUGAUCUUCAGUUCUCUCAGCUCCUGGGAAAUCUGCUGGGGCCUGCAGGACCAGGGGCUGGAGGGCCAGGCAUGGCUUCUCCCACCAUCACUGUGGCAAUGCCUGGUGUCCCUGCUUUUCUCCAGGGCAUGACUGAUUUUUUGCAGGCAUCACAGACUGCCCCUCCACCCCCUCCACCUCCUCCACCCCCACCCCCUGCUCCAGAGCAGCAGACCACACCCCCACCAGGGUCCCCUUCUGGUGGAACAGCAAGUCCUGGAGGCUUAGGUCCUGAGAGCCUGCCACCAGAGUUUUUCACCUCAGUGGUGCAGGGCGUGUUGAGCUCCCUCCUGGGCUCCUUGGGGGCUCGCGCUGGCAGCAGUGAGAGUAUUGCUGCCUUCAUCCAACGCCUCAGUGGAUCCAGCAACAUCUUUGAACCUGGGGCUGAUGGCGCCCUUGGAUUCUUUGGAGCUCUGCUCUCUCUUCUGUGCCAGAAUUUCUCCAUGGUGGAUGUGGUGAUGCUUCUCCACGGCCAUUUCCAGCCACUGCAGCGGCUCCAGCCACAGCUGCGAUCUUUCUUCCACCAGCACUACCUGGGUGGCCAGGAGCCCACGCCUAGCAACAUCCGGAUGGCGACCCACACACUGAUCACUGGGCUGGAAGAGUAUGUAAGGGAGAGUUUUUCUUUGGUACAGGUUCAGCCAGGUGUGGAUAUCAUCCGGACAAAUUUAGAAUUUCUCCAAGAGCAGUUUAACAGCAUUGCUGCUCAUGUGCUGCAUUGUACAGACAGUGGAUUUGGAUCCCGGUUGCUGGAACUGUGUAACCAGGGCCUGUUUGAAUGCUUGGCCCUGAACCUCCACUGCUUGGGGGGACAGCAAAUGGAGCUUGCUGCUGUCAUCAAUGGCCGAAUUCGCCGCAUGUCUCGUGGGGUGAAUCCAUCCUUGGUGAGCUGGCUGACAACCAUGAUGGGACUGAGGCUUCAGGUGGUCUUGGAGCACAUGCCUGUGGGUCCUGACGCCAUCCUCAGAUAUGUUCGUAGGGUUGGUGAUCCUCCUCAGGCACUUCCAGAAGAGCCUAUGGAAGUUCAGGGAGCAGAAAGAACUUCCUCUGAACCUCAGAGAGAGAAUGCUUCCCCAGCCCCUGGAACAACAGCAGAAGAAGCCAUGUCCCGAGGUCCCCCCCCUGCUCCUGAAGGAGGUUCCCGAGAUGAACAGGACGGAGCUUCAGCUGAUGCAGAACCCUGGGCAGCUGCAGUCCCCCCUGAAUGGGUCCCUAUUAUCCAGCAGGACAUUCAGAGCCAGCGGAAGGUGAAACCUCAGCCGCCCCUGAGUGAUGCCUACCUCAGUGGCAUGCCUGCCAAGAGACGAAAGACAAUGCAGGGUGAGGGCCCCCAGCUGCUACUCUCAGAGGCAGUGAGCCGGGCAGCUAAGGCAGCCGGAGCUCGGCCCCUGACAAGCCCCGAGAGCCUGAGCCGGGACCUGGAGGCACCAGAGGUUCAGGAGAGCUACAGGCAGCAGCUCCGGUCUGAUAUCCAAAAACGACUGCAGGAAGAUCCCAACUACAGCCCCCAGCGCUUCCCUAAUGCCCAUCGGGCAUUUGCUGAUGACCCCUAGCUUUCUCACCAGGGGACCACUUCCCCCCUUCCUUCACAGUAUUUAAGAAAUAAAAGUCGGAUUUUCCUGGCUCCUUUGCCUAGAA